CACGGAGUUAGUAGUAGGGCAGUGCGAGUGGAGCCGGUCGUACAGAGUGGGACGCUGUUUGGGAAUUUUCUCCAAAUGCAGCUCUGAGGACGACACCAGCACCUUCAAGAAUCAAAGGAAAACGUGAGGCAUUGAGAGUUUGACCAGCUUCUUCACCCCGUACUAUGCAUCAGAUCAGGCGACCAUCGACCUGAGCUGUGACACUUGACCCUGUCCAUGUCAGGUGAGUCAGAGACAAAGCCAUACCUAUUCGGGGGUGGGUCCGAGGAGGAGGAGACAGAGUCUCCCUGUGGCUCCAUGCCUCAUCUACACCGAAUGGGUGGGGCUUCAGAUGGCAGUGACAGCAGUCAUGACCCACCCCCUUCCCCAGGGGCCCGCCCCCCUCUGCAUGAUGACAUAGAGAUGGGCGGGAACGGGUCCAGCAGGAGCAGCACAGAAUCCCAUAGCAACGAGUCACAUGGCAACGAGUCCCAGUGCAACGAAUCAGUGGGCAGCUCCAAUGGGAACGGCAAAGAUUCUGCGUUUUUGGAAUCAUCAGGGAGCAACAAGAGCUCAAACUCUCAGAGUCCGUCUCCUCCCAGCAGUUCAAACGCCUUCAGCAUGGUGAGCUCAGAACAGGACCAUCCAUCCACCAGCGGCUGCAGCAGUGAGCAGUCGGCGAAGGAGAAGACGCAGAAAGAACUCUUUAAGACGCUAAAGGAGAUGAAGCUUCACCUGCCAGCAGACAAACGCAGCAAAGGACGAGCGAGCACUCUGCACACGCUCAGAUAUGCACUGCGCUGCGUCAGACAGGUCAAAGCUAAUGAAGAAUACUAUCAGAUGCUGAUGAUAAAUGACAGCCAGCCACUCGGUCUCGAUGUGUCUUCCUACACCAUUGAGGAAAUCAACAGCAUCACCUCGGAAUACACUCUGAAAAACACUGAUAUCUUUGCAGUAGCGGUGUCUCUGAUCACGGGUAAAAUCGUGUACAUAUCAGAGCAGGCUGCAGGGAUUCUGCACUACAGGAAGGAUGAAUUUAAGGACAGGAAGUUUGUGGAGUUUCUGACGCCGCAAGAUGUCAGCGUUUUCUACAGCUUCACCACGCCAUACAGACUGCCCGCCUGGAGCAUGUGCACUGGAGCAGAGUCAUCCUCCACAGAGUUCAUGCGGGAAAAGUCCUUCUUCUGCCGAAUCAGUGGCGGUAAGGAGAAGGAAGGUGGUCUGCAGUAUUAUCCGUUCAGGAUGACCCCGUAUCUGAUGAAGGUUCAGGAUGCAGAGCUGUCAGAGGAACAUUUCUGCUGUUUAAUCCUGGCAGAGCGAGUACACUCAGGAUACGAGGCACCUCGAAUUCCACCAGACAAGAGGAUCUUCACCACAACACACACACCCAACUGUGUGUUUCAGGACGUUGAUGAGAGGGCCGUGCCUCUGUUGGGCUAUCUUCCACAAGACCUAAUUGGGACCCCUGUCCUUCUUCACCUUCACCCCAAUGACAGGCCGCUGAUGCUGGCAGUGCACCGCAAGAUUCUGCAGUACAUGGGGCAGCCUUUCGAUCACUCCUCCAUCCGCUUCUGCGCUCGCAAUGGCGAAUACGUGACCAUAGACACUAGUUGGUCCAGCUUUGUCAACCCCUGGAGCCGGAAGGUGUCCUUCGUUAUCGGAAGACACAAAGUCCGCAUGGGUCCUGUGAAUGAAGAUGUGUUUUCUGCUCCUGCUUUCACUGAAGGGAAAAUCAUGGACUCAGAUAUUCAGGAAAUCACUGAGCAGAUACACAAACUACUGCUACAGCCAGUACACAGUAUGGGCUCUAGUGGUUACGGUAGCCACGGCAGCAACGGUUCUCACGACCACCUACUCAGCGUGGCCUCGUCCAGCGACAGCAACAGUAAUGGCAACAUGGCCAUGGGCAACGGCAACACUGGUCAGGAGGAGGGAAGCAAGACCAAACCAAGAACUUUUCAGGAGAUUUGUAAAGGAGUUCAGAUGCUGAAGACUCAGGACCAGCAGGGCUCCACUGCUAAAUCCGAUCAGAAAAAGAGCACAGAGACAGGGUUAAAGGCUCCAGCUGUGAAGCAGAAAGACGCUCUGGUGGUCAGAGAUGGUACUGCAGCGGUGGAGGAGUUGAGGGACCAGACCUUGUACUCUUAUCAGCAGAUCAGCUGUUUGGAUAGUGUGAUAAGGUAUUUGGAGAGUUGUAAUGUACCCAUUACAGUGAAGCGGAAGUACCAGUUCUCCUCCAACACCACCUCCUCUAACUCAGAUGAGGAAAAGAAAGGGUCAGAUGGAGCCCUGCAGAGCCUGGAAGAUCCUAGAUCCAGUAAGAAGCCUCCGGCUGGCCCUGCCGCUGUGGUCAGUGGGACUUUGGCUCCUUUACCCCUGCCUACUAAACCAGAGAGUGUGGUGUCCAUCACCUCUCAGUGUUCAUACAGCAGCACCAUUGUACACGUGGGAGACAAGAAACAGCCAGAAUCAGAGAUCAUUGAGGAUGUAGCAGAAAGCCCCGCCCCUCCUGCGCCCAUCAGCAUGGUGUCUCCACCCACAGUGGAGCAGGGGGCCUACCGGAAGCUGGGGCUGACCAAACAGGUGCUUGCCGCACACACACAGAAAGAGGAGCAGGCGUUCCUGAGUCGCUGCAAAGAACUGUGCCAGAGCUGGACGCUACAGAAAGACGGUCCAGCUAAUGCGGCCAGAAACCGCGGACAAGCUAACGAUGUUCUAUCAGGACCUCAUGCAUCCAAACCAGGCGCAUCUGGUGCAGAACCAGCCACUAAACGUAGCGGCCGAACCAGGAAGUCAAAGAAACCUCGCAUAAACAAACCUGAUUCGUCAGACAGUGCUGCGUCUCAGCGGAUGCGCCGGCCACCUCUGCAGAGCCUGAAUCAAACAUCCUGGUCUCCAUCCGAGGCAUCUCAGUCUGCGUUUUCAGUCCCAUACCCUGCUUUGGUCCCGGGAUAUCCACUUUACACAGCUGCUCCUCCACCCGCAACUACACUGCCCCCUAGUGGCGAACGGAACCCAGCCGGAAGCUUUGCAGAGGCUCCGAAUGCUCAGGCGGCACCCACUGCCCCACCAUACCCUGCCCCAUUGGUUACACCAGUGGUGGCAUUUGUUUUGCCCAAUUAUGUGUUUCCUCAACUCAGCACGGCGCCACGCCCACCUUUCUAUGCAGAACCCCAACAAACCUACAACAACCAGCAACCCUUUCAGCACCAACCAACUGUAAACCCCCAGCAACCCCUCCAACCUCAACAGAACUACACUACCCAACAGCCCUUUCAACACUCUCAACCACAACAAGCAUACAACACCCAGCAACCCUUCCAGCCCCAACAAGCUUAUGCCACUCAGCAACUCUUUCAGCCCCAGCCAGCCUACAAUAACCAGCAAUCCUUUCAACCGCAGCAGACUUACACCGUACAGCAAGCUUUCCAACCUCAAACAGCAUAUAGUUCCCAGCAACCUUUUCAGCCCCAGCAAGGCUACACUGCCCAGCAACCUUUUCAACCUCAGCAGCCCUUCGCUAACCAGCAGCAAACUUUUCAGCCCCAAACUCCUUUCAACCCCCCGCAGCCGUUUCAAAUGCAGACCCAAUUUGCUGCGCAGACGCCGUUCUCUCCGUACAGGAUGACCUCUGAUCCCAAACCUCCUGCUAAUGAAGCCCCAGACGUGACAUCCCCGCCUCCCUCACCCCAUUCUCCUCCCCUUUUUGGCUCCCACUGUAGCUCUCCCCUGCAGCUGGACCUGCUACAGCUGGAGGACAAGCCAGACUCACACAGCACAGCGGCCCCUUCAGGUUCCCAGGGGAUCUGCAGCUCAGCACAGGAGAAGAGCAACACAGUCAGCAGUAGCGCCACUGCUGUGGCAGGGGAGGCACAACAGUCUUGCUGCCUGGGAGACGGAAGACGAGGCGACGGUCACUCUUCGUCCAGCGACCUAAUGGAGCUGCUAAUGCAGGAAGACUCUCGCUCCGGAACGGGCUCGGCCACCUCCGCCUCCACAGGCUCUGCCUCCAACGGCUGCAACACCUCCAACAGUGGCACAGGAAGCAGUAAUACAAGCAAAUAUUUCGGGAGUGUUGAGUCCUCUGAAAAUUACCACAAGGAGAAGAGGAAAAAAGAUGGACAAAACUUAAAAUAUGUCCUUCAAGAUCCGCUCUGGCUGCUGAUGGCCAACGCUGAUGACAAAGUCAUGAUGACUUAUCAGGUGCCAGCACGGGACACGGACAAGGUGUUGCGUGAUGAUCGUGAGCGUUUGCGGCGGAUGCAGAAGAGUCAGCCGCGUUUCACCUCAGACCAGAGGAGAGAGCUCAUAGAGCAGCACCCCUGGAUGAGGAGAGGGGGUCUACCCAAAGCCAUUGACGUCAAGGAAUGCUUGUACUGUGAGGACGACACCCACGCUCCAUUAGAAGAAGACCUGCCUGACAUGGAGCUCGGCAUUCUGGGAACAGAGACAGCGCAGGAAGAGACACGGGAAGAGGCAGGGCAACCUGGCCUGGUCUCCUAGCAACUCUGUAACCCUAGUUGUUUAUCAGCCAGCGUGGGGUGGCCCAAAACCUCCAGCUGAACGCUGCCCCACACUCUCUCUCACACACAUGUGUAUUGCAUAGUUUACACUGCACAGUUUUUAUAUCCUGAGCAGAUCAGAUCACCCUACCUUCAGUUCUAGUGAAGUUGUGAGGGUGUACAGCACUGCGCAAAAGUCAGAGACCACCCUGUAUUUAUUCACUUUUCAGUCAUUAAGUCCAAGCUAAUCAUUUCAGUGUGAGAAAAAAUGCAAAAAAAGAAAUUACAUUUUUUAAAUUAAAUUUAAAAGAAAUGUUACAUACAUAAAUCUGCAGGAAUACAUUGUUUAAGUUCAGUCAUAGGUUUUCUGCUUCUCGUGAUACACAUUCAAUGAUGUUGAGGUCUGGACGCUUAGGUGGACAGCCCAUUGUUCUAACAACAUCAGCAGCUUUUUUGUUUUAUUUGCUAUUUAUUUAUUUUUUCUUUGUCUGUCUCCUUUCCUCAGUGAGGCUUCUCGACAGCUACACAUCCUUUCAGGCCCAUAGCACUGAGUUGUCUUCUUUUUUCAGAUCCGAAGCAAGAGUUUAGCUAGAUUUUCAUCUGUACAGGAUGAUUUUUUGAGCAUUAAUUAUCUGAUGGUGACAGUUUUGGUGGUCUUCCAGGUCUUGCAUGGUUGUUAGGAGUCCCACUUUCUCUGUAUCUUUUAAUAAUUUUGAACUCCAGUUUUGGAAAGGUCUUGUUUUUUCAAGUAUUUUGCUUUGACUCUCUUUUCUUUAUGCAAGCAGAUUAUCUUAGAUGUAAUCACCUCAGAAACAUGUCCUGAAAAAUGAACAUUAUGGGCGUUUUGAGUGGUAAUAAAUAAAUGAAGGGUCUCUGACUUUUGCGGAGUACUGUAUAUGUGUGUGUGUGUGUGUGUGUAUGUAUGCUUGUAAAAGCGGUGUAGCUAAAAUCCCCAGACUGUGACCAACCACUACGGCAAACGGUUAAUAGAUUAAUUAUUCAUUUUUAUUAUUAGGUAAUUCAUAAUUAAUUAAAUUAAUUUAAAGGUUAUCAUCUUCGUCCCUGACUUGAAGUCCAAAAAUGAGAAGAUAUAAAUGCAUUUUUUUCUUUCAGUUCUAAAAGGAUUAUUGCAAUCAAAGACUGUAUUAGAUUUUUAAGAAUGUGUGAAGGACACUUAUGGACAUUGUGCAGCCAA